AUGGCACUAUGGCCUAUUUUCCCGACAAGUAUAGUUGGUCGGCCAGUUGUAAUUUCAGCUGAUCCAGAGUUCAAUAACUUCCUUUUUCAGCAAGAAGGAAGUCUGUUGGUUCUAGAUUUUAGUGCAAAGCAAAUUAUCAAUUAUGAUGACAACAAGUCAUUUGAAAGCCUAAACAAGACAUACAGUAGAAUCAUGCAAGGUUUCAUGUCUUUUCCCUUGAAUAUUCCUGGGACAUCAUACAAUCAAUGUGUAAAGUCGGUUUCAGCAGUGUUGGCAUUGGCUUUCAAGUUACUCUCGAAGCAUCCUUCAGUCUUGGAGGAGAUGAUUGCCGAGCACGAAACGAUUCUCAAAAACAGAGAAGAUCCGAAUUCUUCACAAACAUGGGAUGAAUAUAAAUCGAUGACUUUCACUCUUCAAGUUAUCAAUGAAACUCUUAGGCUAGGAAAUGUUGCACCCGGGUUGCUGCGUAAAGCAUUGAAAGAUAUCCGAGUGAAAGGGUUUACAAUUCCAAAAGGUUGA